AUGAAGUUCUACACCCUCGCUGCUGUCGGCCUCGCUGCCGUUGUUGUUGCCCAGGACUCGACCGAUACCGCCACGGCGUCGGACUCGACCUCGUCGUCCUCGGCCACCAGCUGUAUCACUACGUGUUACGCCGAGCUCACCGACGACCUCUGCACCACUGACGGCGAGAGUGCGUUCCUUUCGUGCUUUGACGAGUGCGACUCGGCCGACUCGGACGAGGCCCAGACCUACCUCGACAGCUACUGCGCGUCCUCGGCGUCGGGCUCGUCAACCGCCACCGCGACCGCCGACGACAGCGGCGGGACCGACUCGAGCACCGACAGCGUGUACGCAUCGGCAACCGACAGCAGCACGGACGACUAUGACUCUGUCGCGACAGACUCGGCCACCGACAGCUAUGCCGACAGCGCGAGCGCGAGCGUUACCGCAAGCGUGUCCAGCGCUGUGGUCACGAGCGCCGCUGCGAGCUCGUCGGCCGUGACGACCGCCACGUCCGUCAAGGCAAGCACGACGGCCGCGUCGUCGACGAGCGCCGCAAGCUCAAGCACCAGCACGGCCAGCUCGGCCGGCGGCGUGGCUGUCCCGCUCGUGGGCGGCGCGCAGGUCGCGGUGGGUGUCAUGGGCCUCGUUGGCGCGCUCGCUGGCGCCGGCAUGCUCUAG